GACCAAGCGAGGGUCAAGAUCGACCGUGGCAGGGCGUUGGAUUUAUUUAGUUUGCCUCAAUCCCGUAUAGCAGAUUUGGUGUAUUUGACAUUCUUCCAGGGGAAGAACCACGGACAGCCAGCCUUUUCUGGGAUAACUCGAAGUCUAUUGGCGUGCGAAAUCUUCCCCGUUGCGUAAUUCGAAGAGUGUUGACGAUGGCCUCUGAGGAAAGCACGCACGGGGCAGACCGGUCCAAAACAUCUUCACCCUCAUCUCUGCCGCCACUCACCGAGCAACAACAGAGCGACAGGCAUGUUCGUCUUCUGGAACCCGAUGGCUAUGCAAGUGACGGCGAUCAAAACUGGAGUCAAAGCCAGUCCGAAAAUGUCCGUGGGUGGCCACAGCGCCCACACACUGCCGGAGGUCAACGCCAUGUCGACAAGCAUCCGCAUGCCUCAAAGAGUAGCAGAUACUUUAGAAGGGUUGUAAAGAGUGGUGAUGAGGAGAUUAUGAGCCCAAAAGAACAGAGGAGACUGUGGUCUCACCAAUCCCUUCGUGCUCGAGAACGUACUUACGAUGUCAAUCUUGUGACGACUCACAUGCCACUCUAUGAACCAUUGUUGGACGAGUAUCUCGCAGACUACUUCAACAGCCCAAAGAUUCGAAAGCACUUGGUCAAGCUCGGCCUGGUUGACGAUGAAGGGAACAUCAUUGACUCAAGGCAGUUCAAGUGCAAUCAGAUCCGUCUCGACAGAAUGGAGCAUGAAUCACAGAUUAUGAAAAAGAUGGAGGAGAGGGAAAUGGACCGAGCUGUUGAGACUGCUAUUCGCCAACAAAAUGAAGAAGACAAGACUCCCCGAUCACAGAAACUCAGGAAGACUGUGGAGGCACCACAUUCAAGUCUCCCUUAUCCAGAUUUUCUGGCGCAUUAUCCUUCAACCAUGACAAGAACAGCUUUGCUCUACUCGGAAAAACCUGCUCCACUUACCACAGCUGAGCAAAUGGUUGUCGCAAAACUUAAGCAACAAACGCCUCGUAAAUUGAAAGCGUUGGGCAUCAGUCCGGCUCAAUUACAUGAUCGCGAGAUUCAUUCACAAGAGGUAGCCAGGAAAGAACGAGAGGCGAUAUGGAAAAGUGGUCCUACUGCGUCUCGAUACCGUAAGGACCACGGUGGCACUGAGCCACCACCUCUAAGACAACAAAAGAAACAGACAAUGGCACCUGUCCUGAACGGUGACAGUUGGAACCGAAACGCAGGCCAGAGAGACGAAGAUGAGGAAAGCCUUUCGCAUCUCUUUGAUGUCGCCAAGCGGGAAUACAAGGAGGGGAAGUUGGAAGAGGCAGAAAGUCACAUUCGCAAGAUCUUGCACAAAGUUGAAGAAAAGGAAGGCAAGCAAGCAUGGCAAGGCCAGGAGCGAACAGAGGAUAAUCUUCCCAAGGGAUUAUUCGCGGACGACAGGGGAAGCUCUACAGAGAGCCCGAAUCUCUCACAGGUAAUUCUUGACAAAGAUGUCCUGCGAACACGUUCAGGUCGAUCCACACCCUCCACGCCUCGACACCGUGCUCUGCGCCCCAAAUCUGCACGACCAACCCGGCAGUCUCAUUUUCCGGUCGCGACAGAUUUCAGCGACUUUGAUGCUGGCAGUGAAGGUGGAUAUGAAUCCGACGGAGAUGUAUUCUUAUCGGAUGAGCUGGACCCACAUGCUCUUGCUGGAACUGGUAGUAGGAAUGAGAAUUCCUUGUCAAUGACGGAAGAUGUCGAAGGCAUGCUUCAGGAGGUUGUGGAACAGAGUACGGUCCCUCCUGACCCGGUGACUGAUGAGAGGAAUUCAGACUUGCAGCAAUAUACGACCAAACAUGCCGACGAGCAUUCAGGUAGUAUGGACCUGGCGAGAAACGUGGCCUUGCCCCUCAGUAGACCCAUGAGUGCCAAAGAUAGUAAGAAUGCGCUGAAUGGAGCAACGAAAUCGUCACCCUACGCACAGCCUCAAAGUCGAACGGCAUCUCGUGCGGCUAGCGUAUCGAGUUUAACAAAUGGACAAAAUACCGGCAAGAUGUCCAGAGCGGCAAGUGCGACUCUAAAUAAUGCGCCGGAUGGUGUUGCGUCGCCUCUGGUGCAGCGAGGUAGCCUUCCUGCAUCGCGAACUAGCUUUUCAUCACAGACCGCACCACAAAUACGCAGUAGGGAAUUCAGCACCGGCAUUCUGAAAGCGAUCAACAACAAGAAUGGCGAUGAAAAUGAGCAACCGUUCGGACGAACAAACAGUGCGAAUUUUGCUGCUGGGAUACCCCUUCCUGAAAGUCGACCAAUGAGUAUCGACAACUUGAAGCAAACCAAUGGGAUUCGUAGUCGAGAGCAAAGUACUGGUACACUUCAAAAGGACAAUCCCCAUCAUAGCAGCCAAAAUAUCAAAGCCAUCGACCAAGCCCCUCCAUCCCUUCCUCGCGAUGAAGUAACCUCAGCGAAGCCAAUGAGCCGCACCGCGAGCGCUAUAUCACUCCACCGACAAAUAUUCAAUCGCUCUGCAAGCGGGAAUACACUGGACGUUAUGGUCCAAGCAAAGAGCCAGCAGUCCCUUUCCGGGGCCCAGGUACCCAGUGCGUAUGGGAUCAGCCAAGAUGGAAGGCCUUUGAGUCGAACUGGUAGCGCGCAGAGUGUGAAGGCGAUUUCAAGUCGACCGCAGAGUGCAAAGAACGUGCAAAGAACAUCGCAGGCCAAUAGUCGAGCCCAGAGUCUACAAGAGCUGGCUAUAAACAGUUCUUAGAGGUAGACCAGUGUAGACGAAUUUUGCUUGGCUUAACCUAUGUGAAAUUCUGGUUUUUGUAAUGUACUCGCUUGAAUUUUGUCGAGUAGACCGGGAAUGGUGUGGUUGUAGUGGAAACUAUAAUCGCAAGCAUCUAGUCCUUAAAGAUUUUUGAAUGUAUGUGGCUUUUUGACACUUGGUCCUGUUGUUCCCAAUCUCCGUUGCCCUCUAUAUUCAAUAUAGAUGUUUGUUCAUAAAUUUG